AUGCCGCCCAAGAAGGACGCGAAAUCUUCGGCGAAACAGCCACAAAAAACACAGAAAAAGAAAGAAGGAUCCGGUGGCGGCAAAGCCAAAAAGAAGAAGUGGUCCAAAGGAAAAGUUAGGGACAAGUUAAACAACCAGGUGUUGUUUGACAAGCCCACAUAUGAGAAGCUGUACAAAGAAGUCCCUCAGUAUAAGCUCAUCACUCCCGCCGUUGUUUCCGAAAGGCUAAAGGUCCGAGGUUCAUUAGCGAGACGAGCACUCAUUGAACUUAGGGAAAAAGGCUUAAUCAAGCAAGUGGUCCAACACCAUGGUCAGGUCAUCUAUACCAGAGCAACCAAGGGUGAUGACCCUGCGGCUUAA